UUCUGACCAAUGAGGAAGGAGAGAAGUUGAGGAGGUCAUGCUUCUUGUAUGACAGCUACCAUCAAACCCAGUAUCGAGACUGGUUUUUAUCGAACUUUAGCGUCGCACACACACAGACCGGUUUUGUUACUUCCCAAGGACACGUCCAUCAUGGCUUUUAAUUUUCCACACAGAAAAGUUCCCAGCAGGGUCCACUCGUUCCCGGCUCAGACCCCAUCUGUGGAGAACCUCUUCAGACCUUCCCCCGAUCAGACCUGCUCCCUCACCGACGGCAUCAUUUACGACCGUCGCGUGGUCAGAGCCAAUGUCUCGGGUUACGACGUUUCGUCCACGGCCCCGCAGUAUGCCGACGAGAACCUCCGACAACAGUUCAGGACGCCUGUUCUCCACAAGGACGCCAGCGUGGAGACCGGACACAGGACGCCUCAGCCGCCGAAGCAACCGAAACACAGCGACGCACAAACAGACCUCAACCUGGGAGAAUACGGCGUUCCCAUCAUGGUCACGGUGACGACGGUGGAGGAAGUCAAAGAAACCUUCAAGCCUCCGAAAACAGGAAGAGACAUCGCCACGCAGAUCAUGGAGGGAGACCUGUUUGACUUUGACAAGGAGGUGCCCCCCCUGGUGGAGAUCAUGGUGGACAAGAUCAUAGAGCAGUCGGUGCUGGAGGUGCGGGAGGAGGAGGAGCUGGCCCGUCUGAGCGCCCAGCAGAGGGCCUUCCAGGAACUGAGGAACACGGAGAUGGCCGAGGUCCAGAGGCUGAAGGAGCAGGAGAGACGCCACAGGAAGGAGAAGGAGCGAAGAAUCGCCCAACAGCAGGAGGCGCUGAGGAAAGAACUGGAGUUGAUGCAGAGUAACGCCGUCAGGGCCUACACCAAAGAACACCUGGCCGAGCUCUUUCCUGCCAUCUUCAUCUCACAGCGACCCAAGGACCCUGUGGAGAAGGAGAUCGAGGACCACUUCCUGCCGUGGCUGAUGACGGAGGUCCACGUCCGCAUGGAGAAGAGAACCAGAACCAGGCAGGUUCUGGACGCUUUAGUGAAGGACGUGGGUCAGCUGAGAGUUUCGCGGUCAGAUUCUGACCCGUGAUGUUGGAAGGUGAAGAUGAAGAGCCAACGAGAAGCUGUUGUCAUGACGACCAGGAGGAAAAUGUUGCUGUAAUUUAUUGGUUUGUUAAAUAAACAGAAUCCUGUUGA